AUGGUUGUUCAUAAUCCAAAUAACUGGUACGUAAAACACGUUGUACUCCUUGAUCUGGAUAGGAUAUUAACCUGCUUAGGCACUGGGUAGACAAAAACUGCCUCCAAUGGUCAAAAGACUAUUUUAAUAAAAAUAUAUCCAAUACAACAUACGGAUCAGAAACCAUAAAAUAUAUAAUCCCUUCAAUUGACAUUAGUGGAGAUUGUGACGUUACUCAAAGAAAAGGGAAAGUUUUAUGCAUUUAUGAUAUGAAAUUACAAUUUACAAUCAAUGGAGAAGCCCAAGAUGAUAAAGUUACAGGGAACAUUAUCCUUCCUGAAUUUAUUCACGAUCAAGAUGAAGAUGAAUAUAUAUUUGAAAUAAAUGUCGAUGAUGGAAAUCGAGAAAAAGAAAUUAAAACUUUGGUUAUACCUGUUUUGAAAGAGAAAUUGAUGAAAUUUCAAUCUGAUUUAUUGGAAACUCAUGCGAAGGAUGUUCAACAUCAGACAAAUUGA